CUUAAAAGGGGCUUCCCAGGCUGGUGGGGUGAGAGGAGCUCUUGGCACUGGAUCGUGGCAGAACGGAGCUGCUCGCCCCGGGGGAGCCAUGGAUCUGCGGCUGUGCCUCUUGCUCUGCUUUGCUGCCAAUGUGGGAGUCUCUUCCUCAGACGUGAGGCUCGUAGAUGGUCCCCACCGCUGCGCCGGGCGGGUGGAGGUGCGUCUGGACGGGCGCUGGGGCACCGUGUGUGACGACGACUGGGACCUGCAUGAUGUGGCCGUGGUGUGCAAACAGCUGGGCUGUGGGCCAGCCAUGAAAGCGCUUAGUAAAGUGUUCGGCCCUGGCCCCGAGUCAGACCCUGUCCUGAUGACGAACGUGCAGUGCCAGGGGACAGAGGCGGAGCUGGGGAGCUGCCCAUACGAGGAUCCAGGGGACGUCUGCAAGCAUGAUGAGGACGCUGGGGCCCGUUGCCAAGCUCUAGCUGCAGAGCUCCCAAAGCCACCUGUCCGGCUGGUGGGCAACAACACACGCUGCAGUGGGCAGGUGGAGAUUUACUAUGACGGCCGCUGGGGUGCCGUGUGUGGGUUGGGCUGGGACCUGACUGACGCCAAAGUGCUCUGCCGGGAGCUGGGCUGCGGGAGCCCGCGGUACGUCACCCACCACUGCAGCAAGUUGAGUCGGAGCUCAGCACCUGUCCUGCUGGGCGAGCUGGAGUGCACCGGGCGGGAGGCUUCACUGACCGAGUGCCGAGCCCAAGCCUGGGAGGGGCGGCACUGCCCCCACCACCGGGACACCGGAGUCAUGUGCCAAGAGCCCUUCGCACUGCGGCUGGUGAAUGGCCCAAGCAAGUGCUCUGGGCGGCUGGAGGUGAGAUAUGAUGGAGUGUGGGGCACCGUGUGUGACGACAACUGGUCGGAGACCAACGCCCAAGUGGUCUGCCGGGAGCUGGGCUGUGGCCCAGCCGAGCCACUGGCCCCAAAGCUGCAGGACUGGCCCCGCUUUGGCCAGGGUACGGGGGAAAUCUGGCUGGACGACAUCCGCUGCAAAGGCACCGAGGAGACCUUGCAGAACUGUGCCCACCGCUUCUGGAGCUACCACGACUGCACCCACUGGGAGGAUAUCAGUGUGGUCUGCCAGGACAACUGAGCCAGCCACAGCUCCUCCACGGCCUCCCAUUGAUUCUCCCCACCCCCGAGCUUUCAAUGCAUCCCCCCUGCUGCCAGGCCCUUCCUCUCUGCUGCCAGGCUCCCUGGCCCUGCCCGCCCAGCCCGGGGAUGGCUGUCAGCUGUGCAGGGGCAUGGCUUGGUGAGUGCCCGGGGGAUUCCCAUUUCAGGGAUGAAUGUAGGCGCCCAGGGCAUUCCCCUCCCACUGGGCGCCACGCUCUGUGGGCUGCAGCACAAAGCUGGCACGGCCUGGGGCUCGCGUCUCACUAGCAGUGGGGCAGCUCGCCCUGGCAGGCCCCGCUUGGAACACGCGUCUCCUGGGCCAUUGCUCCAACUGCAGCCAAGGGAGUCGUCCCUGAUAAACCCGCCAUUGCUGGGGUGGAGCUGCACCCCCCCCCCCAGGGGCUGGGAUACACGACUGUCUCCCCCAGAGACAUGGACAGGCAGGAGCUGGGAGGGGGAGAACCCCGUGUGCCACACACCAUCCCAAGCUGAGCAGAUGCAAAUAAAGAGCUGAAUCCACUGGA